UCCCAUCUGUAACGGAUCCAAGGCAUCGUGGACAGGACUUCUUACCAGUGACAACUGUACAUCAACUGUACAUCAAGUACUGGAAUCAUCCUAGCUGCCACACUACAACACUUAGAAAACAUGAGUGAGAGACAAGGAUCCGGAGCCAUGAGUGGAAACAGCAAACCUGCUGGACAAGAUGACUCUAAGAAGGAUGCUCCUGAGGAGGACUUCGCGGACAUCGACAUGAAGGCUCCGGAGACGGAGAAGGCUGCUGUGGCCAUCCAAUCACAGUUCCGGAAGUUCCAGAGCAAGAAGAAGCAGGAAGUGAAGUCCUAGAGUGGGCAGGACAGGGCCGGCAGCUCUGUCUCCCAUAGGCUGGGACUGCACCAGUUGGGGGUUUGGUCUUGCGUGUCAAUCAAACCACACCGUUAUGGACUCAGCUGAAGGGGAGUUAAGGGGAAGAGGGAAGGUUAGAGGGAGGGGUCAGGGUUCAAGGAUCAAGGGGUCACUGAUAUCUUUGUGAAAUGAUUAUGUGUAACUUAUUAAUUGAUUGCUGUGUCCAUAAAUUAUGGUUAAAUUCUGGAUAUAUCUUGAUCUUUCCUAUGAUUUUGCUAUUUCUGUUUUUUAUUGAUACUGUAGUCCAAACCCCUAGUACUCUCAUGUCUCUCUCAUCUCAUGGACGCUGUAAUAUACCCAUUUGAACAAUAAAAAGCUGCUUGAUAAGUAGGUUUCCUCGUAAAGCAAUUAAAAAACUAGAACCAAGGUUUUACCACCCUCAGGCGGAACAUGUAGCCAAAUGUAUCGUGAAGAUUGAUCGUCAGAUUCCCCAUUCUUUUCAGCUGUGGGAUCAUAAAUCUAAAGAUGUUAUUUUCCUAGUAGGUCCGUUAAUGGUGUUUACCUCUCGUUGUGGAAAGUGUUUCCAGACAUUCCAGCUUGUCUUGUUUGACCCCUCCCAGCUAGCGCAGUGCCCAGUGGCUGUUGCAUUUAGAAUUGAAUCAAUGGCUAAAAUUUGCUUUACAAUGUCUCCGGUGUCUCUCUGCAACUUGGCAACUAAAUCUAGGGGUCUUGUUCCAUUAUUUACGUGAUAAUUGUUGAUCUUUCCUUCCUUCCCUUCUUCCCUUCAACGUCAAUAGAAAGUGUUUUUAUUUAAUGGUUGUGUGACUUUGUUUCAACAUUAUUAGUUUUUUAAUGGGUGUUUCUAUUGAAUCCCCAUUGUUCCCUUUCGUUGUUCAAACCCAAAUGAAUGGAAUAUACUGUACAAUACCAUCAUCCUUCAGUAGAGACAUGUUCAAAAAAUACUUAAUAAAUAUCCAAAAGAGGUAAA